UCUCGUUCCAAGAGUUGGGAUAAUGUUAUAUACAGCUGUUUUUCUCGGUUUUGAGAUUCAUGGUAGAAUGAGAGGAACCGAUAAGUAAAAUGUACAGCAAAUUCAUAUGUGGAUUAUAAAAACGCCUCCAGAGUCAUCAGUGAGUUUUUUUUUUAACCCACAGCUGCGUUUGAUGAGGUAAUGUCUAAGAAAUGUUCUCAUGUUAUUUCCAGUGGCAACCAGCAGUAGCUUCAGGCUCCACUAGUUGUGUUUUUAAUUUUUAAAUCCGGCACAGUCUUUGGCUGGUGCCUGCGGCUCUUCGUACAAGUUGUGAGAAGCCAUGAGGACGGUGGAGCAACUCUAUCGGAAGGGCUCGUUGCUGUGCCGUUCAGCGGGGCGGCUCCGAUCAAAAAGUCUCCGUGUGAUUGAGUGUAUCCUUGAAUGGGGCGGUGUGUUUUGAUCUCGGCUGCCUUUGCGCAACAACUGUUUCUGAGCCAUCUGUGCCGUCAGGGGGUCUGCGGUCCGACCGGCGGAGGGACUCUGGGCUUCCGUGCUCCGUGGUGAACGCAGACCGGUCCACUUUGGUUGCAUGUGACGUGACUUUGGGAAGAUUAUGGUUCGGGGGGGCCUGCUGCAGUGUCGCCGCUGCUCCGAAAACAAAGGAAACGACUGUUGCUUCUUUUAUUUCACUCCUGCGGCCGCUCUGACACAAGCACUGAGAGUGUGAAGUAGCCAACAGCCGCUUGAGUCAAAGUUGAUAGUUUAGUGUUGAGUUUAUGAACAACGCCUGCGCAAUUUGUACACACACCCGUGCGCGCGAGCUCCCUCCGAGUCCUUUUUACUCAGUUUAAAGUCUGAUUCUUUAAUUUCACUACUUGUCUGCGUUCCGGCGCACUGUGGCUGGAUGUGUGAGGAUGGUGGAGAGCCAGGGUUGUGUGCACAGAGAGGGGGUGUACCGUUGGUUCUCCUCCCUCACCUCAGCCCAGAGGGCAGAGUUCCUGUGCGGCCUGCUGGACCUCUGCGUCCCCAUCGAGCUCCGUUUCUUGGGCUCCUGCUUGGAGGACUUGGCUCGCAAGGACUACCACUCUCUGCGGGAUGCGGAGAUCAAAGCCAACAACCCCACCGACCUGUCGGGCCUCACUAACAUCACAGACGAGGUGGUGCGCAGCAAGCUGUUGGUGUCACUCGCCUUGCUCGGCUCGGACAACCGGGAGGCUGCGGGGGUCCUCUACCGGACCCUGACGCACAUAGACACGGUGAUCAAUAACUACGGCUUGGCGCUGAACGACGGGAGGACAGAAGAGCAGUUUCUGCUGCUGUUCACCAUGGCAUCUAACCACCCCGCCUUCAGCUUCCACCAGAAGCAGGUGCUGAGGCAGCAGCUUAGCCAGAUCCAGGACAUCCUGCAGGCAAGCAGUGGUGGCGGAAGGGGAGCAGGAGGAGGAGAAGCUCAGACUGCAGGGCCCAGCGGUGAACGAGCCGCCAUCUGUUACUCUCAGCCGCAUCACCACCAUCAUCACCAUCAGGCUGUCUCCCUGCCUCUCCCCCCCCUGUCCCCGGCUGCCUGCUCCCUGCCUGAUGCCAGCACUGCCUACCUGCCUCUGUCCACCUGCCAAGCCUGCCUCACACACUGCACCUGCUGGCACAAGAGCCAGAACAGAGAGACCGGCACAGUGUUGGGAGCUUCUGUCGGACAGGGAGACCAGUCAGUCAGCCAGGACCUGACUCCUCCUCAUCAAGACCUCCGUCCUCCCCCUCCUCCUCCCCCUCCUCCACCUCCCCCUCCACCUCCACCACCACCUCCUCUACCACCACCUCGUCUGCCUCCAUCUCUACCUGCUGGGCAAAGCCAGGAUGCAGCAGCUAAGAGCCAGCAGGGGAAAGCUGGAAAAGCGGUGAUUGAAAGGGUUGUGCUGAAAGGAGUUCCCCAAAAGGCUGAAGAAUCCAGCGAGUACAGGUUCGAGGUUAGCUGGUCCGAUGGGUUGGUGAUAUCCGUGGUCAGAACUCAGCAGGAGGUGGCAGAGCUGAUGUCCCAGCUGUCACAAGCAUUUCCUGAGGGCGUGGAGAAGUUCCCCUCUCAGUCCAUGGAGCUGGAUCCCAGGUGUCUGACAGCCCUCCCCUGCCACGUCCUCCAGCACCACAGUGUCCAGCUGUUCUUCACCUCCACCAGGCCUCUCUCACCCAACUCUCCCUCCUCUCCCCUCUCCACCAUACCCCCACUACCACCUUCCCUACCGACCUCUCCUGUAGCUCCAUCCUGCCCGUUCACCUCCAGCUCCAAUCUUGGCUGUAUGAUGCAGUACAGAGGAAGUAGCAGGGUGAUGUACAGAGUGGCCAGCGUCCAGCCCGUCAUCAGCACCCACAACUCCGUCUUGACUCGCUCCACUCCACACCUCUCCUCCCUCUCCUCCCUCUCCUCGCCGCCUCCUGCUCUCCCAUCCUCCAUACCUCCUCCCCAGCACUCCCCGCAGCCCUCCUCUCUCCCUCCCCCUGUGCCGGCCCUGCCAACACGUGGCUCUGCAGGAAGCGGCGGCGACAGCUCCUCCCAGCCGCAUCCCCAGCACAGUCAUCCGCACUUGUACCCGCAGCCCUCCCAGCAUCUCCUUCAUCCACAAGCCAGCAGCCAGACCAGUACACAGCCUCAGACUCUGCACCUGUCCCAUUCACAUCCACAGUCCCGUUCUCAGUCCCAUAAUCAAUCAGUCUCCCAGUCUCAGUCCAGUACACCAGAGCAGAACGGCAUCCUGGACUGGCUCCGCAGGCUCCGGCUCCAUAAGUAUUACCCUGUCUUCAAACAGCUCACCAUGGAGGAGUUUUUAGCUCUGACAGAGGAGGACCUAAACAAGUACGACCUGACCCAAGGAGCGAAGAAGAAACUCAAGACCCAACUAGAGCUCCAAAAGUCUGCAGACAGGGAGAUGAAGAUGGAGAAGCGGCCUUGCAGUGGCAUUGCCAGGGUGACACCAUCCAGUCACAUGGGACCCUCAGCUCACCCCACCUCCAGUGCAGGAGAACUACGAGUGGAGGUGGACGCCGUGCCGCACCACCACCACCCAGUCUCCACAGAUAGCAGCUCAUCCUCAGGCUACUCCAGCUCUUCCUGCUCCCCUCGGACCCCACACAACUGUGACUCCACCUUUGACCGGACCAGAGACAUUCACAGACGUGUGUUGGCUCCAGACGUAGCAGGAAGUGGUCCAGAGAAGGACCGGUCUUGCCUGUUUAUUCUGAACUCCAGCUGCCCCGCAGGCUCCAGUCGCCCCACAGCCCAGGUCCUGCCCGUCCAAACCGAUCCAGCUCCUCCUUUCCCUCCCUCCUGCUCCUCCCACCUCCCCUUCGGCGUCCCGCAAUCUGCCUACCACCCACAGGCCAGUUACCCACAGGCGCUGCUCUCCCCGGUCUCAAACCCAGCACGCAUCCUCACCUCCCCACGCAAGCCCAGGCCCCCUCCGCUGGCCACAGAGGACAGGACAAAGCCGCUCGGCUCGGGACUUCCUGCAGCCGGAGCAAGCUUCAGUUCAGGGCUCGGGGUGGGAGCUGGGGUGGGGGUGAGGCGGGAAAACCUGCUUCCUCGGGUCAACAUGGACGGCUCCUCUGGACUCCAAGACUCUGCGGUUUGUCGUGGUCUUGCGGGAGGUGCUGUGGGUCUGAUGGUAGAAACCAGUUGUGCUCUGACUUCCACCUCAAACAGCCACCACCACGUCUCCCACCCCCCUGUCCACUUCCAUCUCUCAUCCUCUUCCUCCCCUUCUCCAUCUGGAUAUUACUCUUACCCUCCUGUGUCCUCGCCCUCCUUCCCCUCUUUCCCCUCCUCCUCCUCCUGCAACUCCUCAAAAUCUGCCUCUCAGACUGGCAACUCCAGUAGUGGAGGUAGCUAUGGUCCUAUGGCAACAGCAAGCACAGUUCCUGUGGCUGCGGUCCCGGGGAACACUUAUUACCCACCCCAGCCUACCUCCAGCCCCUCUCCUUCCCCCUCCUCUGCUUCUUUAUUGGAUCAAAGUUCUGGUCACAGUCCUUCCGUGUGUGUUUGCAGCUCUUGCGGUUGUCGGGGGAACUGCGGCUCCUACGGGGCAUUGCCCGGAUACGCCGCAGCCGGCUACCUGCAGCCAUUUUCGGCCGGGCCCUCCCUCUUCACCCUGGGUCCUCUGCUCCAUCUCAGCCCCCUGAUAGCAUCGUCCAGCACUGCGGGCACCGGUGCUGCACCCUUCUCCUACCCAAUGAUGGUACCACCGCCUCUCUACCGCCACAGCCCUCUGUCACAUGACCAGCAGCAGGGCUUCGGCUUUUACCAGCCCCAUAGCUUCAUGGGAAAUGGGGGGCAGAAAAGAACAGCAGGGAACCUGUCGUGCUAUAACUGCGGUGCCAACGGACACAGAGCAGAGGACUGCAAGCAGCCACCUAUGGAUUCAGCACAGCCAGGGACGUUUCGGCUGAAGUACACUCCUCACGCCGACAGUAAGGACUCAGGGGACUAAGCGGCAGAAACGGCACUGGAUUUGAACUCCAGACAAAACUGUACCUCAUGGUCUCGCUGAAGCCAACAGGCAGCAGCUGCAGAGUUUUAAAAAUAAAAAAAAAGGGACGAGGAGACGAACUGCCUGCUUCAGAGAGCAGGGGUGCACUGUUAGUCUGUUCAAAGACUGCUGAGUUGAAUCUUUUGUAUUCUCUUUUUUCCCUUUUUUUUUAACCAAAGCUUACAAAGAGAUUAGAGGAGAAUGAAGAAGAUCUUAGGACGUCUAUAAACUCUGCUAUGCUUGAUCUCAGAGAUGUAGCUGAAAGUCAUCAUCCUCAGAGAAAACGCUACAGACAGACAAUCGGGCACAUUACCCACAGUGCCGUCUGAAAAUUAGCUUCUCAGCCAAAGGAUUUACAGUGACAGGUACAGCACUCCAGAUGUCUUCCACAGUGCUCAGCCUCUUGCUUGUUUGUAAGCACCAGUGUUGUCCUUCCUUUGACAGGAUCUGCUGAUGUACAACGUCUCAUACUGCCACAACUAGUAGUUCGGGUGUUGGCUCAUUGCUUUUCACGGCCUGCACGUCAACACGACGAGUCCACUUUAAUCCAAGAGACUGAUUGCUCUGAUUGAAAAGCAGUCUGUAGAUCUAGCAGUACAGUUUUAAAGUUGAUCAUGACCAAAUCCUGAUACCCAACUUUAUGGUGACUGUAUUCAUAUAUUCAGCAGGAUUCAAACUCUGGUUGAUUUUAAAAAUGUCCUCAUUCUAAAUACUGGUUAAAUAUUCCAAAGUUUAUUCAUUUGCUUUGUUUUGGUCAAGCAAGCUUCACACAUCUCAUCCACAGGCAGGGAUGAAAUACCUGAUUUGAGCUGGUGCUUUACCUCCCGUACACCUGACUGCAUACAGGUGUGCGCAGAGCUGUGAGGCCUACAGCUGCAUGUCUCAGCCACAUUUAAGCCGGACUGGAUAGAUUUAAAUGAUAAACUGGAACCCAUCUUCAGCAACUGGAGAUCAAAGAGGAAAACUUGUGUCUGUGGUGCCUCUUCAGUGGGAGACUGUCUGUAAAGAUGGACACCCUGAUGCCCCCUGAAACAAGUGUUGCCAUGUUGGUGUAAUCUGCAAACCAAAGUCUGCUAAGCAUUGAGCAGAGGAUGAACACGUGGUAUUGAGCUCAUGCCUUCUUCUGCUGGACCCUCGGUACUACUGGCUAAGCAUUAACACGUGGCACUUGAGCCAAACUACAAAUAUGGUUUCUGAUAAGUGCUUCUUGCCACGUUUGUGUUUGUUUGAGUGUUCAUUUUCCUGUUUUUGAUUUAGUCAGCUGCUCUAGGGCACCUGUUGACCACAUAGGAAAUACAAGUAGGAACUUUUGUGCAGUAAACUUUAACAUAUUCUGAGGAAUCUGGAGGAACUUUUUUUUUUCUUUUUCAGGAAGUUAAGUUUGUGUUUUGUAGUGUAACUUAAAUAGGUAAUUCUAUAAUGCUAUUGCUAGUAAGCUAAGGACACAACCAGUGGAGGCAAAGGCAGCUCAGAUUCUGCUACAAAAAGCUUCCACCAUGGACGAGGUGGUGGCUGCUGGGGCUACGUCAGAGCGGAUCUAGAGGGAGCCAUUGCACUUCCUGUCAAUGCUACUGUGCAGAAACUGGCUCGACUUUAGCCAGGGGAACUAAAUGGGUUAAAAAAAAAAAGAAGGUAUUUACACCUGGUUCCUCCUCAUAUUGUCACUCUCUUAAAAUAAUGGCCUAAGUUAUUUUUUUUCAGGUUUUUCAGAAAAGACAAAAAACCUGAACCAAACAUUGAAAAUAUGAUCAUUUAGGUUAAAAUAAAUCUUUCAUUAAAAAAAUGACUUAGGCCAUUAAGAGGAUGGCAAUGUGCAACUUUUUGGGGCUAUAGCUCCACGAGCUUUAAAGGGGACAUAUGAUGCUUUUAAAUCCUUCCUUUUCAUAUGUAAAUCAUUCACUUGUGGUCUGUAUAAAGUAAACUGCAGUGCUUUAGUCUGAAUUCCUCAUUAUUGUAGCUCAACAGACCCCUCGUUUACACCUGUUCUGAGGCGCGUCUUACAGCAAAAUCGUUUUGGUGCGGUCUCUUUAAAUGUGAAGGAGACAUUUAACGCCCCGACCCCUCCAGGUCGCAGAGCGUUCCACUCCACCCGUUGAGCCAUUUUUGUAGUUUGAUAGCAGUGGGACGGUUAGAUACCAGCAGAGAAACAAUGAGGACUUUCCCCAUUGCUGUGGGUUCAUAUCCGAGUAAAAAAAAAAAAAAAA